AUGUCGGUUUCAACAAAACCCACUUUCGUACACUAUGGAGACUUUGACAGCUCCAGCCGCAAGCUCCCGGUGAUGGAGUUCAUGGAACGCUUCCGAGAUGACUUCGAUACAGGUUCGUUCGACACAAAGUGGUACAUGCCAGAUUUCACCUAUGUCGCCCCAGACGGCAAAGCAACCGAGGGUCGCGAGAAAAGCAUCCAAGCUCUGAAAGAUCUGUACGGUCCAUUGCCACGCUGGCAUCACGAAGCAUCCUAUCUCAACUGCUAUGAGACAGAAUCUGGAUAUGAGAUGAUAGGCAAAGCAACUCUGUGGGCGGAUCUUCCAGGCAAGCCGGCCACAGGAGAGGAGAAAAGGACGGAUAGGAAUGGGAAGCAAUGGGAUCUCGCUGGUCCAGGCACUUUUUUCUUUCAAUACGUCUCUAGUGGAGGUGGAUUUGCGUUGAGAAGAGUCGAGAUUACUGCUGAUACGAGCCAGAUCGUAAUUGGUAGUUUGAAAAGAGGUGUCAUUUCUCUCAAGGACUUGGGGAUAGCUUAG